AUGAAGAUUGCUUCGUUCCUUAGCAUCGCCGGCUUGACCGCGCUGGCCCACGGUUCCAAGAUCGCCCGAGACUACGCAAAUAAUGACUACUACGUCCUGCAUCUCGACAGCUCGACAGCGCCCGACCAGAUUGCCAACCGCCUCGGACUCACCCACGAGGGUCAGCUCGGUGCACUCGAUGACCACCACGUAUUCCGCGCCCCCAAAGUCGAACACGAUAUAGUAAAGAGAGAAAUUACUGAGCGUAGAAGGAGGAAACGAGACAUUGGCGGCUCAGACCCCCUCGAUGGUAUUCUCCUGUCAAAGAAGCAACUUGCGCGCAAGCAUCUUGAGAAGCGAAUCAUCCCUCCGCGCCCGAGAGAUUUGCCUGUCGCCAGCCGAGGCAAUGGCCAUACGACAAUCGAUGUUGCGGCUCGAGACCAAGCUGCUGAAUACCAGGCCACGCUCAUGAAGAAGCUGGAGAUUGCCGACCCAAUCUUUACAGAACAAUGGCAUCUUUUCAACCCCGUCCAGCUGGGACACGAUGUCAAUGUGACUGGCCUCUGGUUGGAUGGAAUUACAGGACAAAACGUUACCGUGGCGGUUGUUGACGAUGGUCUGGAUAUGAACAGCGAUGAUCUUAAGCCCAACUACUUCGCGGCCGGUUCUUGGGACUUUAACGAUAACGAUCCUAUCCCCGCCCCCGAACUGGAUGACGACCGACACGGAACUCGCUGCGCCGGCGAGGUUGCUGCUGCUCGUAACGAUGUCUGCGGUGUUGGUGUUGCCUACGACUCCAAGGUUGCUGGCCUCCGAAUUCUCAGCAAGCUUAUUAGCGAUGCCGAUGAGGCCGAGGCGCUCAUGUACAAGUACGACGACAACCAUAUUUACUCGUGCUCUUGGGGCCCCUCCGAUGAUGGCCAGACCAUGGAGGCUCCUGAUGUGGUGAUCCGGAGGGCGAUGCUCAAGGCGAUCCAGGAGGGCCGCGGUGGUCUUGGUUCUAUCUACGUCUUUGCCAGCGGUAACGGUGCCGGUGCUGGAGACAACUGCAACUUUGACGGAUACACCAAUUCUAUUUACAGUAUCACCGUGGGAGCUGUUGACCGCACUGGACAGCACCCCUACUACUCGGAAGAGUGCUCAGCUCAGCUGGUAGUCACUUAUAGUAGUGGCAGCGGCGAUGCCAUCCACACAACCGAUGUCGGAAAGAACAACUGCUACAAGGCCCAUGGUGGCACAUCUGCUGCGGCUCCUCUUGCAGCUGGCAUCUUUGCUCUGGUGCUUCAGGUCCGUCCCGACCUGACUUGGAGAGACCUGCAGUACCUUGCCAUGGACACGGCUUUGCCCAUUGAGGGAGACGAAGCCAACCAGCAGGAUACGGCGAUUGGAAAGAAGUUCAGCCACACGUUUGGAUACGGCAAGAUUGACUCGUGGGCCCUGGUUGAGAAGGCGAAGGACUGGGAGUUGGUCAAGCCUCAGACCUGGUACUUCUCUCCUUGGAUUCACGUCAAGAAGCCUAUCCCCGAGGGCCGAGACGGUCUGAGCGUCACCUUUGAGGUCACCAAGGAUAUGCUCAAGGAUGCCAAUGUCGCUCGCCUGGAGCAUGUCACCGUCACCAUGAACGUCGAGCACCAACGACGUGGCGAUCUCAGCGUCGAUCUCAUCAGCCCCGAGAACGUGGUGAGCCACCUUGCAGUGUCGCGAGAGCGGGACGCCAAGGCCGAGGGCUAUGUCGACUGGACCUUUAUGAGUGUGGUGCACUGGGGUGAGUCUGGUGUUGGAAAGUGGACCAUCAUUGUUCGCGAUACCGAGAAGAACCAGUUCAAGGGCAAGUUUAUCGACUGGCGCUUGAAGCUGUGGGGUGAGGCCAUCGAGGCCGACAAGGCGACCAAGCUGCCCAUGCCCGAUGUUCACGAUGACGAUGAUCACGACAAGAUUGCCGAGACCACAACUCUGCCUGCUUCUACAACUUCGGUGGCUGAGGCCACUAAGGGGACCUUGGUGGAAAAGCCUACCGGCCAUCCUGAGCGACCUACAAACCCAGCUAACCCUAGCACCACGGAAGCAGCAAGUCCCUCUGGCACCGAAGAGGCGGCCCAGGAAUCUACAUCGGCCUCGUCAUCCUGGGUCUCGUGGCUCCCAAGCUUUGGUGCCUCCAAGAAGGCCCAGAUCUGGAUCUACGGAGCCAUUGGUCUGAUUUCAGCCUUCUGCAUCGGUCUCGGUGUCUACUUCUGGAUUGCCCGUCGCCGUCGUCUACGCAACAGUUCCCGUAACAACUAUGAAUUCGAGCUCCUUGACGACGAAGAAGCCGAGGGCCUGAACUCUGGCGAGAAGGCUGCUGGUGCCAAGGCGCGCAGGACCCGGGGUGGAGAGCUCUAUGAUGCUUUCGCCGAGGGCAGCGACGACGAGCAGUUUGAGGAUUACCGAGACAACCGAGACCAGUCAUCCGACCGAUUGGCGGCUGAUGACACGGAGCAUUACGCUGUUGGGGAUGACAGUGACGACAGCGAGGACGAAAAGGCCGAGACAAGACCUCUGGGAGGCGGACGAUGA